AUGGUUCCCCAGACUCAAAAGCAGUGGGUGGUUUGCGGCAGUAAUGGCUUUGACUCCCUGGAGUUCCAGACAGAGUCUCCGAUCCCCUCUAUUGGCGAUCUGGAUGUUUUGGUGCAAAUUCACGCUGUUUCGCUCAACUUUCGCGACCUCAUCAUCCCCACGGGACUGUACCCUUUCCCACAAAAGGACGGCGUAGUGCCCCUGUCCGAUGGAGCCGGCAUCGUCGUCGCUGUAGGCUCUCGUGUGAGCCGUUUUACUGUCGGCGACCGGGUUGCAACCCUAUUCCACCAGCACCACCUCGCUGGACCCCUAGACUCUAGACCCUUGCACAGUGCUCUCGGAGGUUCUUUUGAUGGCGUACUACGAGAGUACGCCGCAUUUUCGGAGGAGGGCCUCGUUAGUGUUCCAGCCAAUUUGAGCUUGGUAGAGGCUGCUACUCUUCCAUGCGCCGCCCUGACCGCCUGGAGUGCUCUGUAUGGGCUUGAGAGCCGGGCGUUGAAGCCGGGAGAUACCGUGCUCACCGAAGGCACAGGCGGUGUUAGCACCUUUGCUGUCCAGUUUGCCAAAGCAGCCGGUGCCAAAGUCAUUUCAACGACUUCGACAGCUGACAAAGCGGAAAGGCUCAAAGAACUGAGCGCAGACCACAUCAUUAACUAUAAGGAGAACCCCAACUGGGGGCAGAUUGCGAAGAGCUUGACACCCAAUAACGAAGGCGUUUCCCUCGUCGUCGAGAUUGGAGGGCCAUCAACCGCUAGAGAGGCGCUCAGUGCUGUAAAGCUUGGAGGAGUGAUCUCAAUGGUGGGCUCCAUGACCAGCUUCAAUUCGCCCGGAAGCGACGAUAAGGCGCCGACAUUCCUCGACAUCGCCCACAGCUGCUGCACGGUGCAGGCCAUCACUGUUGGUUCAAGACUGCAGUUUGAGGAAAUGAAUCGUGUCAUCGAAGCAAACGAUAUACAUCCUGUCUUAGAUGAGCGCGUCUUCGAGCUCGAUCAGGCACGAGAGGCCUAUCAGUAUCUCUGGGAUCAGAAGCAUUUUGGCAAGGUUAUCAUCCAAAUUGCUUCUUAG